AUGAUUUACGAUGCGGGAUGUGCUGCUUACUGCGGGAGGAGACAAGAUAUAAAAGAAACACAUGAGGAGCAUGAUACUUCUACUGAAAAUGCAGAUGAUUCUAACCAUGAUCCUCAGUUUGAGCCCAUAGUUUCCCUUCCUGAGCAAGAAAUAAAAACUCUGGAAGAGGAUGAGGAAGAACUCUUUAAGAUGCGAGCAAAGCUAUUCCGAUUUGCAUCUGAGAAUGACCUUCCAGAAUGGAAAGAACGAGGAACUGGUGAUGUAAAACUCCUGAAACACAAGGAGAAGGGAACAAUUCGCCUCCUCAUGAGGAGGGAUAAAACCCUAAAAAUCUGUGCAAACCAUUACAUCACACCCUUAAUGGAGCUGAAGCCUAAUGCUGGGAGCGACAGGGCAUGGGUCUGGAACACACAUGCUGACUUUGCAGAUGAAAGCCCCAAGCCUGAACUUCUGGCAAUCCGAUUUUUAAAUGCAGAGAAUGCACAGAAAUUCAAGGCAAAAUUUGAAGAAUGCAGGAAUGAAGUAGACAAGAGAGCAAAGAAAGCAGGCACAGACAAAAAUGAUAGUGCUGAUAAAGUUGCUGAAAAACUAGAAGAGCUUUCUGUAAAGGAAGAGAGCAAAGAAUCUGAGAAGAAAGAGACCAAGGAAAAAACUGAAGAAAAGCAAUAAAUCAUCCUGGGCCUUGCAGUUUUUCCUUUACUUUUUUUUCUUUCUUUUUUUUUUUUUUUUUUUUUUUUACAAGGGACUUUAUAAGGAACUGAAUUCAACGUUCAGGUUGUUUUUUCUAAGCUUUUGCCCUUUUGAAGAUGUCUUCAGAAAAUCCAUUCCCCAGUCAUGAAAAUGUACUGUGCUAACUUUCUUUUCCACAGUGGAAACACUUAUUUAUAGUCAUCCCAAACGAGUGAAUAAAACAAACUUGAAAACAGCAUCAGAGGACAGAACUGAGUUUUCUAUAUACUUUAAAGGCUUAUUACACUUGUUUCAUUCGGUGUUGAGAUACAUAUCAUCAUACCUGUGGAUUAACUAGGUUAACAGACUUUACCAACAGGAAAGAUUAAGAUUACAUACAUGUUUCUUAUAUGGCUUCUAAAACUAAUAUAACAGACCUUUCACACUUUUUCUGCUGUGUGUUCCUGAGCAGGGAAUGUGCCUGUGAUUCUUGAAAUGCAGCAGACUUCUGGGAUCAGGCGAUAGAACAUUCCUGGCACACUAUUGAUGAUGUUCCAUCAGACAGUGAAAAUAAAGGUGGGGGAGAAAAUGUAUUAUGUGAGACUUGAGAAGUAUUUUCCUCUUACAAAACAAAAUCUCCGCUCCCCACCCCCCUCCUCAAAUUUGUUAAUAUUACAAAUGCUUGACUGUAGCACAGAGUUGUUGCUGUGGUUCCAGAUCUUCCAUGAUGUGCUACUUGCUGACUGAAGGCAGCAGCAGCCUACUAAGGUGUAUAUAAAGGAAUCUUCACUGUUUGAGUACCUUACUAUGAGAUUCCCUGUGUCAGCAUAUCAUAAAAGUUGUACUCUAAAAUUUAUAAGCUUUUUUCAGGGCUUUGGAGCUUGCAUUGUUUUUACAAAUUGGAGGGGUUCUGAACUUUUAAGAUGCCUGGUGGGAGGCUGUCCCUCUUGGAGAGUGGCGGUCUGACAUUCACUUUGGAACAGUUAACUAUGUUGUACACACUUGAGGGGCAUUCUCCUUGCCAAAAUGGGCAAACUGAUCAAAUCCCUUCCCUGCAAAUGUUUUCUGUUUAUCUGAUUUCAAGUUAGUGCUAAAGAGUAGGAAGAUAAACUAUAGUAAGCAAUAAAAUCAACACAAUUUUUAAUUCUGAUAGAUGAAUUGAAUUUCAUUGUUAACCACUAAUACAAGGAUAGCGUUAGGAUAGCAAUGGAAUUCUAAACUUUAAGACCGUAUGAUGUUAACAUUGGACAGCAAGACCUUUUUAUCUUCAUAAAGAGGCUUUCCAAGUAGGUGAGGCUCUGCAGUCUACCUGAGGAAAAUAUAUUUAAAAAAAAGAAAAACCUUCUCUUUCUACUUAGCACUGCCUUUUGAUGCUACAAUGAACUAGUCUUAAAUCUGGAACUGUAAUUAAGGUACUCGCUUAAUUCAAACAAAGCAAUUCCUUUGGUGUUGUGCAUGUUCCCUUUCAAGUACAGCAGAUAUUAAAAGUCUGUUAAUUAACAAAGAUGGUUGAAAGGCAAAAUAAAAUGCUUUUUAGUGUUUCUGGUUUGGGAAUAACAAGACAAAGCUAUUCUGAAGUACUUAACAUUUGAAUGUAAAAACCAAAUCUUUAUCCGUGAGUCACUGUAAAUUCUCUGAUCUGAUAAUGUCAAACAGCGUGUCUAAAUUGAUAGAAAUGACAUUUAAAAAUCUCAAAAUAAAUUUAAAUUUUCAUUUAAA